GAACGUGAUGCCCAAGACGCUGGAUGGCCAGAUCACCAUGGCGACGAACACCAGCAACGAGGCUCCGCGGCGCAUCCACUCCAUGGCCAAGGACACGAAGCUGAUCGUGGUGGUGAGGAACCCCGUCACCCGCGCCAUCUCGGACUACACGCAGACCCUCUCCAAGAAGCCGGAGAUCCCCACCUUUGAGGUGCUGGCCUUCAAGAACCGGACCCUGGGGCUGAUUGACGCCUCCUGGAGCGCCAUCCGCAUCGGGAUCUAUGCCCUGCACUUGGAGAACUGGCUCCAGUACUUCCCCCUCUCCCAGAUCCACUUUGUCAGUGGUGAGCGGCUCAUCACUGACCCGGCCGGGGAGAUGGCCAAGGUCCAGGACUUCCUGGGCCUCAAGAGGAUUGUGACAGAGAAACAUUUUUAUUUUAAUAAAACCAAGGGUUUCCCCUGUCUGAAGAAGCCGGAGGACAGCAGUGCUCCACGCUGCUUGGGCAAGUCCAAGGGUCGAACUCACCCCAGAAUAGACCCAGAUGUCAUCCACAGACUGCGGAAGUUUUACAAACCCUUCAAUGUCAUGUUUUACCAAAUGACGGGCCAAGACUUCCAGUGGGAGCAGGAAGAAAGUGAUAAGUAG